AGACCAUCCUUUCUCGCCUUGCCUCGUCAGCUCAGCCAUCACCACCACACGUAUAUCCCUAGGUACGCAACCAGAUUUACCUUCCUCUAGCGAGGACCCUUGGUUGUUAAUAUUUCGCCAUGGCUGCGUUUGCGAACUCCCUCGCGCUCUCCGCCGCCUCCGCGGCUCCCCGCGCCGCCGUCCGCUGCUCCGCCGCGGAUUCCGCUCCGUCCAGCCAGGCUGCUCCGGCUCAAGUUCGCGUCGCGUCGUCGGGCCUCCCGUCCUUCGCGAGGGUGUCGUCGGAGAACGCUGCGACGGCGAUUGACCCGUCUGCGACGUUCGCGAAUGUGAUGUGGUCGCGCUCGUACAACACGCAGAUCCUGGUGGGCGAGAGCGAGAGCACGGAGUCGGUCGUGCGACGGUUCAAGAAGGUGUGCAUGGAGGCGAACAUCGUUAACGAGUGUCGCCGGCGACGCUUCUUCGAGACGCAGCAGGAUAUUGUGAAGCGCAAGCAGAAGGACGCCGCCAGGCAACGCAAGCGCUUCUCGCGGUCAUCCAACGGCCCGCGGCCGUUCUUCACGCGUGAUCCUGCGGCUGCCAGCAAGGCAGCAGCCACUGCCAACGAUGAUGAUGACGAUUUCUGGGAUGCCAAGGUGGAGCUGUAGAGGGGGUCUUUCCGAGCUGUGAUAUUGGUUAUCACUGUAGCUGCGGUACAUGUGAAACAUGUGAACACUAUUCAUAUGUCAAUUUACCACAUGAUGACAAUUUUCGGGAUGCCAAGGUGGAACUGUAGACAGCCUUCCUAGAGCCGCAAUGUCACUUGUUGCUGUACCUGCUACAAGUGCUGAUAGGCAAGUUUUUAUACACUAGUGAAACAAUUCUUAAGAUGUACUGC